AUUAUAUUUUUCUUUCCUUUGCAAUCCUACUCUUCUGCUUCCGCACUCUCCACCGCCCACAGCCCACCGCCGCGUCCGCCUCUCUGAUUGCCGGCUCCGCUGUCCCGCUGCAAGGUGAGUUCUGCUUCUCCCAUUGCCGCCAUUCGUUCUGUUCUGCUUCUGCCCUAGCCACCGCCGCGUCUGCCUCUCCGGUUCACCGCCUCUGUUUUCUCGCUGCUAAGAAAAGAUGGAAACUUGGGAAAGUUUUGGGAGCCAUACCGAGAUUGAUGCUCAAAGUUUGGGAAAUGGAGGAGAUAGUAAUGCACUGAUCUUGCCAGCUAAGAAGAAAAGGAAAGGAAAUAAUCAGGAGCGUGGAAAAGUUGGGUCAAAUAAGAAACAGAAGCUGAGCAAACCUCAGAAGAAGAAGCUGAAGAAGUUGCAGGUUGACAAGGAGAAACAACUUCUCAUGGAAAAAAGCAUUGAGACAUUAAAAGAGAACUCACUUCCGGAGUCUGCAUAUUCUCUUUUGAAACCUUCAUGGAAGAUUGGGCGGGCUGAGACUGUGCAGGAGAAACGUACGAGGGCUGUACACUUACUGAAACAAGGAUUGGAGGUUUUACAUGAUAAUGAUGAACCUAAGAAACUGGAUUUUCCUCAUGGAAUUGAACCUGAGACAGAAGGGAUUCAUCUGGUGCAGGAAGUUGAGGAGAAUGGAAUUGUUGAUAUUCAAUUAACAAGAACAGAAAGAGAAGUAUCAAGUCCAACAUAUCUUGCUUUGGAAUCCUCUCAAGCAACAAUUCCUGCCAAUGAAUCUAUUAAUAAACCUGUAACUAAAAUUCCUAUUGAGAAGCAACUUGAUGAAAUCAGAAGUGCUUGUCUUGCAUCUUGUUCUACCAAUGGAAUAGCAAGCACCAAGUCAAGGGAUAAGACAGAUGAAAACGGUAACAGAAUCAAUGAAUUAAGCAACCCUGCAGAUCCUUUUGCACAGAGACCUUCAACUACCCCUACUGUUGUGCAUGUUUACAGACCAGCUGAGGUUGAAGAAAAAAGGAAGGAUCUGCCUAUAGUCAUGAUGGAGCAAGAGAUAAUGGAAGCUAUAAAUUACCAUUCCAGUGUUAUCAUAUGCGGAGAAACUGGAUGUGGUAAAACAACUCAAGUUCCUCAGUUUCUUUAUGAAGCUGGCUAUGGUUCAAGUAAGUCCCAUAUUCACAGUGGUAUUAUCGGUGUUACUCAACCACGUCGGGUGGCUGUUCUUUCCACUGCAAGGCGUGUGGCAUAUGAGCUUGGUCUUCAUUUGGGAAAGGAGGUUGGCUUUCAAGUUAGAUAUGACAAGAUGAUUGGAGAUAGUUGUUCUAUCAAGUUUAUGACUGAUGGAAUUUUGCUAAGAGAAGUUCAGAAUGAUUUUUUAUUGAGGCGGUAUUCAGUAUUAAUUCUUGAUGAGGCUCAUGAGAGGAGCUUGAACACAGAUAUUCUGGUCGGGAUGCUCUCACGUGUUAUAAAAGUUCGCCAAUUGGUUUAUAAUGAUCAGCAAAAGAAGAUACAAUCAGGGCAGAGUUUAAGUCCUGAAGAUCUUGUUUUUCCACUAAAACUUGUGCUGAUGAGUGCUACUUUGCGAGUACAAGACUUCACUUCUGAAAGGUUAUUUCCUUCUCCUCCACCUGUGAUAGAGGUUCCUACAAGGCAAUUUCCAGUAACAGUGUACUUUGCAAAGAAAACUGAAAUAACAGAUUAUAUUGGGGCAGCAUACACGAAGGUCUUGGCAAUUCAUAAGAAGUUGCCUCCUGGGGGCAUACUUGUUUUUGUUACUGGGCAAAGGGAAGUAGAAGACUUGUGUAGGAAGCUACGCAAAGCAUCAAAGGAGUUUGUCAUGAAAAAGGUUAAGGGGUCUGCAGAAAGUAAUGGGACUGCAGUCCCCGACACAAAUCCUGUUGAGGGAGUAAAUAUUAAUGAGAUCAAUGAAGCAUUUGACAUUCCUGGAAAUUCAGCUAUCCAGCCAACUGAUAGGUUUAGCGCCUAUGAUGAAGAAGAGAUUGAUGUAGAUGAAAAUGAUUCUGACUUUUCUUAUGAUUCAGAAACUGAGAGUGAAUUGGAAUUUAAUGGUGAUGAUAAUGUUGAACAAUCAGAGAAUGACAGUAAUAUUGUAAACGUCUUAAGGCAGGAAGGAGGCCUUGCUUCUCUGAAGGCUGCUUUUGAAAAAUUGUCUGGGAAAUCCCCAUCAAGCACCUUGAAUAAGGAGCAGACUUCUGUGAAUACAGAAGGUGGUUCAGACCAACCAAAAGUUUUCAGGGAGAGCAGAGCUAUAGAAAAUUCUAGUUCUUCUCCAGGUGCACUCUUUGUUCUUCCUCUUUAUGCCAUGCUGCCAGCAGCAGCCCAACUUCGUGUAUUUGAAGAUGUCAAGGACGGAGAGCGCCUUGUUGUUGUUGCCACAAAUGUUGCUGAAACAUCAUUAACUAUUCCAGGGAUAAAGUAUGUGGUUGAUACUGGAAGAGAAAAAGUGAAAAAUUAUAACCCCUCCAAUGGCAUGGAGACAUAUGACAUACAGUGGAUUAGUAAGGCAUCGGCCGCUCAACGUGCUGGCAGAGCUGGAAGAACUGGACCUGGACAUUGUUAUCGUCUGUAUUCAUCUGCGGCCUUUAGUAACGAAUGUCCUGAGUACUCUCCAGCUGAAGUUGAGAAAGUUCCUGUUCAUGGUGUUGUCCUCCUCUUAAAAUCGAUACAUUUUAAGGAUGUUAAAAAGUUCCCAUUUCCUACUUCUCUUAAGAAGGAUUCCCUUCUUGAAGCUGAGAAUUGCUUGAAAGCUCUGGAAGCAGUGGAUAAGAAUGAUGAACUUACACUUUUGGGAAAAGCCAUGGCUCUUUAUCCUUUGAGUCCUCGGCACUCCCGAAUGUUGCUCACUGUUAUCAAGAGUAUAAGUCAUGGGCAUAAAUGUAAUCCAAGUUUGCUUUUAGCAUAUGCUGUUGCAGCUGCUGCCGCAUUGAGUUUGUCAAAUCCUUUUAUUAUGCAAUAUGAAGGAAAUGAAAGUGGAAAAGAUUCAGAGAUGUGUGAGAAAUCUGGCAUGGGGGAUAGUGAAAAAGACACCAAUAGAAAAGAAAAGUCCAGGCGAAAGAAACUAAAAGAAACUGCUAAACAGGCACGUGAAAAAUUUCGAGUUGUCACGAGUGAUGCCCUGACCACAGCCUAUGCGUUGCAGUGUUUCGAGCAGUCACAGAAGAAGCUGGAAUUCUGUGAUGGUAAUGCCUUGCACUUCAAAACGAUGGAGGAAAUGUCAAAGCUUAGGCAACAGCUACUUAAACUGGUCUUCUAUCAGAGUUCCAAAGCUGGUUUUGAAGAGUACUCUUGGAUUCACGGAACUCUAAAGGACAUAGAACAUGCUUGGCGGGUUUCUUCUGAAAAAUAUCCUCUUUCCGUGGUUGAGGAAAGGCUUGUUUGUCAGGCAAUAUGUGCUGGCUGGGCAGACAGAGUUGCCAGACGAAUUACAGCAGCGUUCCGAGUCUCCAAUGGAGAGAAAAGAUCAAGUGCUGUUCGGUAUCAAUCAUGCGUUGUUAAAGACACUGUUUUCCUUCAUAGGUUGUCAUCGGUGUCCAUCGUAGCCCCCGAGUUUUUGGUUUACAAUGAAUUAUUAGAGACAAAACGGCCAGACAAAGAUGGGGUGACAAGUUCCAUCAGAGCAUACAUGCAUGGAGUAACAAGCGUGGAGCCAGCUUGGCUUGUUGAGCACGCCAAAUCGAACUGCGACUUAUCUAGAUCCGUCAUGGAUCCCAAACCUUUCUACGACGCGCAGACUGACCAAGUAAAGCAGUGGGUCAUCCCAACCUUUGGACGUUUCAAUUGGGAGCUUCCAAUGCAUCCUUUGCCCAUCAACAAAGAUAAAAAUUAUGAUCAUCAGGUAAAAGUGUUCGCCUAUGGUUUGCUUGAAGGCCAGGUUUGUCCUUGUUUAAAAUCUGUCCGCAGAUAUAUGUCAGCCUCUCCUGACAGUAUUUUGAAGAAUGAAGCAUUGGGUCAAAAGAGGGUGGGGAAUCUUUUAAGCAAAUUAAGGAGCAGGCGAAUCGAUAGUGCUGCUACGUUGCGAACUGUGUGGAAGGAGAAUCCAAAGGAAUUAUUUUCAGAAAUCUUGGAUUGGUUUCAGCAGAGUUUUCACAGCUACUUUGAAGAGUUAUGGUUACAAAUGCUAAGCGAAGUGCUUAGGGAGACACAAGAACACCCUCGGAAGACAAGUUCUAAGAAAAAGUCUAAGGGAAUAUCUAAAUCACAUUGAUAAUUCCUCAACAGAGAAUUGCUUCUCAGACUUGUAUCUUGAUGUAGUUGCUAGGAAUUUUGUUAUGGAAUAGAUCAAAAAGAAAGUUAGUUGGGUUUGGUUGCUGAUGAGCCAAAUGUGAUUAUUUUGGUGAAGCUAGGAGUAUCAGCAUAUUUUGAGGAGGCAUCAUUGUAUGGUUAAUGUGAUUGGAAUAUUUUUACGUUCAAAACACAGUUAAAUUAAAUUAUUUAAGUAUCCUUACAUCUUAGUAUAUCAAAGUUGUAAUAUGU